CCAUUUUCGUUGCGUCGACGUCAAGUGCGGCCAGAGGCCCUCUCACAUACUCGCUGGCGUCCGGGGGUAUUAGAUUUCAGUCUUCGACUUUGAGUUUUCCUUUGUGUCAUAAUAUAUCGGUACAGCCAAGUGCGGAAGGCUGUGUGAGCGUGAUAACGCGAUAAUACGUCUCGUAUUUGUUACAAACAUUAUAUAUAUAUAUAUAUAUAUAAAAUAUAUAUAUAUACACAAAAAUAAAAACUCGAAGUUUGCAUUUGGAUAUAAGAUUUAUAUUAUUUCGAUCAUCGAGACGUUGAACGAGAGUCUAUCUGCAGCAGAGCUACGAAAAUCUACGCACCGAGGCGGAGUAAUAUGAGUAAUGCAGCCAACCAGAAUGGAUCAGGUCUAGAGCAGCAGUUAGCUGGUCUGGACUUGCAGGGGUCCCGCCAACCUAGCGGGGGCCGAUACGUUCCACCGCAUCUUCGCAACAAAGUCGCAACCGAUAGCGGUAACGGACCGACGAGUGGUGACGAUCAUUCGGGUCAGAAUUCAAGAACAUAUUCAGACAGAGAUAGGGGUGGUGGACGCGACCAGGACAGAGAUCGUGAUUACGGAUAUCAAGGUUCCUCGUACAGAGAUAUUCGUAACAAUCGUGACGCUGAUUUCGGUAAUUUCGGAGGUAGAAAUCGUCGCCCUCAAGAGAAUGGUCGAGACUAUCGUUAUGGAAAUGGAGAACGAGAUCGACCAAUGGGAGGUGGCGGAGGUUCAUGGCCAGAGCCGAGAAAUGAUCGUUGGCAAGAAAAUCGAAAUGAUCAGAGAAUGGGAGGCGGCGGCGGCGGUGGCGGAAGUCGAUGGAAGGAUGAGCGGGAUGGUGGUGGACGAGGAGGAGGAGGACGAAACGAGGUCGAUUGGACAAUUCCCACUUCAAAGGACGAGCGACUCGAGAUCGAACUCUUCGGCACUGGCAACACGGGUAUUAAUUUUAGCAAAUAUGAGGAUAUCCCCGUUGAGGCUACCGGUGACAACAUACCCGGUCACAUCUCAUCCUUUGACGAGGUUAAGCUGACGGAAAUCAUAAAGAACAGCAUAACUCUCGCGGGCUACGACAAACCUACACCCGUACAAAAGUACGCGAUACCGAUAAUAAUCGCUCGCAGAGACGUCAUGGCCUGCGCUCAAACAGGCUCUGGAAAAACGGCGGCUUUCCUAGUGCCAAUAUUGAAUCAGAUAUACGAGUCCGGUCCACGCCCACCACCACCGCAGGCUGGCUCAGGUCGACGAAAGCAAUAUCCUCUCGGUCUCGUACUCGCUCCUACGAGAGAACUCGCCACUCAGAUUUACGACGAAGCGAGAAAAUUCGCUUAUCGCUCAAGAAUGCGACCAGCCGUUGUUUACGGUGGUGCCAGUAUGGUCGAUCAGAUGCGCGAACUCGAUCGCGGGUGUCAUUUGCUCGUUGCCACACCUGGACGAUUGGUCGAUAUGCUGGGACGUGGAAAAAUUGGCUUACACAAUUGCCGAUAUUUAGUUCUGGACGAAGCCGAUCGUAUGUUGGACAUGGGUUUCGAACCACAAAUACGACGCAUCGUAGAAGAGGACACGAUGCCACCGACCGGAGAAAGACAAACCCUUAUGUUCUCUGCAACUUUCCCUAAAGAAAUACAAAUGUUGGCGCGUGACUUUUUAAGCAAUUAUAUUUUCCUAGCAGUCGGCCGAGUCGGCUCAACUUCCGAAAAUAUCACGCAAAAAAUUGUUUGGGUCGAGGAACACGACAAACGCUCGUAUCUUUUAGAUCUUUUACAGGCGAGCAACGUCAUCGAACCGAGUGCGGAAUCGCUCACUCUUGUUUUCGUGGAGACGAAAAAAGGUGCUGACAUGCUGGAAGAGUUUUUAGCGUCCAUGAAUUAUCCGGUGACGAGUAUUCACGGUGACCGAUCUCAACGCGAACGUGAAGACGCAUUGCGACGUUUCCGAGCGGGAAAAGCUCCAAUACUCGUUGCUACAGCGGUUGCGGCUCGUGGGCUCGAUAUUCCGCACGUUAAACACGUUAUUAACUUUGAUUUACCCGGUGAUGUUGAGGAAUAUGUCCAUCGCAUUGGCCGUACCGGACGUAUGGGAAAUUUGGGUCUCGCAACGUCAUUUUUCAACAGCAAGAAUCACAAUUUGACUCGGGAUCUCGUUUCGCUUUUGGCGGAGGCGAACCAAGAAUUGCCUUCUUGGCUAGAGAACAUGUUCUCAGAAGCCCGGCACUCAGGAGGCGGAGGUGGUGCUCGACGACCCACUGGUGGUAGCGGCAGCAAUGCCAAGGGACGCUUCAGCGGCGGCUUUGGCGCCAGGGACUACCGUCAGACUCCUAGUUCCGGAAUGGGAGGUGGACGAAGUAACGGACCAGGGGGAAGGCCCGGCGGAUAUGGAGGUGGUUACGGCGGAGGUUACGGCGGUAACUACAAUUCUUCGUACAACUCGAGCAACAACGGAAGCAGCGGCAACGGUCAAGAUUGGUGGGGGGGAAAAUAGAAUGAUUCAAAACGAUGAAAGAGAGAAGGAAAGAAAAAAUGGAGAAAAGGAGAACUCCGUUCACCGACGUAUUUGCGACCAUUAUUAUUAUUAAUCUACACAAAAAUUCGAUUAUAUGUAAGUGCAAAAAGAGACACACACACACACACACACACACACAAUACACGAACAUUAACACAGGGACGUUCAAUGAAAAGCGAGAAGAGAACAGAAAAAAUGGACUAAGACGGACUUACGAUCAAGUUGGACGAAUCAUUUGAGUCACUGGACUACGAAUACGAAUUUUGCGACAUGAAAUACACCACAAAGUCGAUUCCUCCCCUUUCCCCUGUUUCCCUUUUCACUCAACACUUUCCAGCCCCCCCAAAGACAUUUAUUCAUACGCGACCAAGUAUUAACAAAUCCCGAAAAGUUGCGAAUCGCGCAAACUCGGUCCAAACCCCAAAGCCCUCACACUCUAUUCGGUGCCUCAUAAUUUUUGAGGCCCGUCUUUUCUCUCGACGAUCACGGUGAGCGCAAAUCCUUUGUCCGAUGUUCGGGAAAAAAGACAUGGCUCUUAAAAAAAGCCGGUACAGCGCCACCCUUGUCGGAGAUAGAAAAGAGAAAACUAUGAAAAAGAAGAAAAAACGAACGAACAAAAUGUAUGUAACUGUGAGAGGGGAUUUAAUGGACAUUGGGAAUUGUUGAAUAUUAGCUAAAUUGCAUCAAACUCAAUUAUACAAUGUAGAGAAUAGUCAUUUAAUGAAUCAAAUCGUUUGACCGUUAUUUACUAAUCCGUGAAGAAUAACGAAUAAUACAGUAGGUCAAAGGUAAAUAAGAUGAAAAAGUUGGCGACGAAGAUAACAAAGAAAAAAAGGAGGAAAAAGAAAACACUGAGAAAACGAAAUUUAGUUGAAUUUGUUAGAACUCGUGUCGGGACUUAUGUGUGAGACUCGUUGUUUGUGGCUUCGAAUUAUUUAAACGAAUAUUAUAUAAAACAAAAAAAAAAAACAAGUAAAAACGUAUUGUGUAGCGAGGAAAAUACAUGGCGUGCGCGUGUUCGAGCCUACGGCCAAUUAUUGCCGAAUCUCCGAAUCACACUGUGGUCGUUAGACUCUCGAUUAAUCUUUCGCGUCGCGGGUUAUCGACUGCGGCCAAUUUAACUUUUUUUUUGUUCCUCUUUGAUUUUCUCGUUUGAUUUUUUUUAUUUCUAAAUGAGAGCAUAAGUUGGAAGCAUAAAUGAAGGCCGCAGGCUCUGAAACACCCGAGCCUCAUUGAAAAAACAAUCGCAUCAAAGACUCGACUGUUCUAUUUGCAUUAUUUUCAAUUUUUCCCCUUUUUUUUACGUCGACAAAUGGUACUCUGUUGUUUUGUCGUCCCCAAAAAAUAAUAGACAAAAGAGGGAGAGAGAGAGAGAGUUAAAAAUUUUGCGCGAGUGACUCGGAAGUCAGAUAAUCAAACACUCCAAGCUGGUUAGAUCAAAGGGUACGUUUACGGGGUGAAAAGUAUAAAUCAAUAAGGAAAAAGUUAAGCGUAUCUCGUAAUCAAUUGGUGUAGAGAUUUUUUUUUUCAAUUUAAUCGCUCUUGAGCAAGGUUGUACGAAAAAAAAAAUAUCUGUACAUGGAUUAAUAUAGAUCAAUUUCGAUCUCCGUGGCUGUUCAGAUUGAUGAGUCCGAAAAAGUAAAAGAAACUUCGAAUUUCCUUGAAUAUGAAAACAUUGUAAAAUCGCUGCUGGUCGGAACGAAGCAAAGGCGUUUAUAAGGUCAUCGCAAUCGUUUUGUUUUCGGCUAAGGUUGAAAUUUUGAAACGACAUAUACCCUCAUUUCUCCGCUCGCCAUUUGCACCAAAACAGAUCAGUUUUUUUUUAUUUUUAAUUUUUUUUUUUUAGAAAACUGAACAAGGCCAGUAGUUUCGGAAAUGAAAUACGAAAUUUGCAUUCCAUCCUUCCGGAGCUUGAUCCUCAGGGAAGAAUUGGAAAAAUCACUCGCUCUCUCGUGGAACGGAGAAAUAGAAGAAAAUAAAUGAAUAAACAAAAUUUCAAAAAAUUAAUUCACACUUCAAGCUAAUUUAAUGCCUCCCAAAAUAGUGCAAAAUGCGUAAUGAGAAUAAGGAAUUAAGACUUGAGAGGCGGAGUAAAACUGAGCUUGCAGUUAUAAAUGACAAUUAAAGUGGAAACAAAAACCCGCCAAAAUACAGGAGCUCGGUUUGGAAAACUUUGAACAGGAAAAAUGUGUAUGACGUAAUAAAUAGGCGGAAAAUCUGGUGAAAAAACGAGAUGAAGAUUUGAAAAAAUAAAAAAUGCCCGAGCAUACACAAGUCGACGCGACACCGAGAGACGCACCCGUACAAUAUUUUAUAACUGUAUUUAUCAGUACGAUUAAUGCUCUAUAUUAUAAAAAUAAACAAUAUUAAGUGAUAUUCGUAAAAUACAUUAUUAUAAACAUAUAUAAAAGUAAUUGAAAAAGUAAAUGAAACAAAACAAGAAAAAAAAUGAAACGACUGUGAUAUCGAACGAUCUUGUGACAUUCAAUUUCCAACGCGAAUUGAAACGAUAAAUGAACGAUUAAACAAAAAAUAUACAAAUAUUUAAAUUAAUUAAUUAAUUUAUCGGGUAUUGAAUGUCGGUGAAAGGAAAAAUAAAGAGGCUCUGUAAUUACGAGCUCAGCGGGAGGAAUAUUAAGUCGUUACGAUAAUACAACACCAACAACACGGGCAAACUUUGGGUGACGUCAAUGAAAACAAACACGAAUCGGAGGUUAUUUUCAGUUUCGUUAGUUCCCGAAAAUCGAGCGCGUCUCAACUAAUCGAAACAUUAAGAUACUUUCAUCAAUUCAUUGGAUAUCGUAAAUACACAAUUUUAAAAACAAAUUAACGUUUUCGAGUUCAAGAGCUGUGACUCUAUGUUAUCCAUUUUUAUCACGCUAGGCAGUUUUAUACUUCGGAAAAGGUCGAAACCGAAAAUGAUCUAUUUACGUUCCGCGUCACCCGGUCAGAGAAAAAAUGAGAGAGAGAGUAGCUGUAAAACAGGUAAUUCGGGGCAUUGUUCAUACACUCGAGAUGAAUGAAAACGGGAUCGAAAAAAAAUGAGACAUAAAAAUGAAAUAAUAAACGAUGGAGUAAAUGGAAAUGAUCACGGGCGAAAAGGCGGCAUCGUUAUUUCGUCAUUCGUCGAUGAAGGCUCGUAGGUUUUUGUAGCAUUUUCGGGGGAUCGUUCAACGGACGGGCAACCUAACGAAAUAAAAUAAUAACCCUGAAUUGUCGUCGUCCCCCUGUGAUUCAUCUACGCUGGCGAUAAGAAUAAAAAAGUACAAAUUCGUUUCGCGUGACAACCGACAAGAUUUUCUAGACACGUCAUACUUAUUAUAUAAAUACCUGUUAUAUUCGUAGAUUAAUAGUGCAAUCGCGUGAUUGAAGGCGUCGUAUGACCGUGGACCAAGGUAUGAAUGCCUCUUCGCGAGGAACGAUCAUUUAUUUUCAAUUACUACACACAUUUAUUUGUAUUCACUUUUUGUUCUCCAUUAUUUACCAUCUAAUAUAUGCGUCCCGAUCAUUUUGGGCCAUUUUUAAUGAGAGAGGGAGUGAAAAAAUACAUAUUUCACGAGUUUCCACUCGAAAUUGUUCCGCAGUCACGAAAUAUCCCGUUUAGAUACAAGGAUUUCCAAAAAUCACGCCUGUACCGCCACGGCUGAUUGGAUUGUUUAACGAUAUUCCAAAGCGCAAACUCUGCAUUCGUUUUUUCCAGUAGCUCGUUCGCGAGAUGAUAAAUAAUAAACAGUGAUAAACUCCACUACGAAGAUAGCAUUUCACGAACGGUGCUUCACAAAAAAAGUACACAGACUUUGCUCUUUAGAAUUUCGUGAUUCGCGUAACCUGAAAGUGAGGGUGUAAUUUUUUAGAAAUUCUGUAGAAUCAGUGAUGAAUUCUAGAAAACUAGCGCCUGCCACAACGAAGAUCGUCUCAUUUUCAGAACCAUUAUGAUUACGAUUAUUAUUAUUAUUAUUAUUAUUAUUAGAUUAUUAUUACUAUUAUUUUUAAAUUACGCAUAUAAUCGAAGCUCGAUAAUAAGGAGCAGCAAUGGUUGACCGUCGGCAAAUAAUCUUAUUUAUAACUAAAGUUCUAAGUAUUUAUUUUGAUUUUUUUCCUGUCGUUUGUACCUUGCGAGCGCGGUUGGGUAAAAGAUUCAAUUUGUUUUUUUUUUCAUCGGUCCUCUGCUGAAAAUAAUCGGCGAGCAACAGCAUUUUGGGUGGAAAAUAAAAUAUUUAUAAUAAUUCAUCGUGCGACAGAAACAAAAAAAUUCAAAACAACAGAAAAACAAACAUGAAGGAAGGCAAAACUAGGCCAUACUAAAUGUCCGAAUUAAUAGAGUUGAACGGUAUGAAGAGAAAAGAGCGAGAGAGCGAUGAGAUAUUAACAUGAAAUUAUGAUAUAUAUACGGUCGCUGUUGAUGGUGUAUAUACGACAUAGCUAAAUAUGAAUGACGUGAAAAGUUUAGUGCAAACCGAUAAAAAAAGAACAAAGUCAUGUUAGACCGACUACGAUCAUGCGAGCAGGACAGUAAGAAGGCAAUAAUUGGAUAAAAGAAAAAGGAAAGAAUAGAAGAAUAAAGGGAAAAUUCCCUCCGCAUAAAUUUUUUUCAUUUUCGUACUGAAAUUAAAUUAAUUUUCCGGUAAAGGAGCUGCGAAAAAUCAUCACUCUCUAAAUUUGUACGAGUGAAAAGAGCGUCGUUUGAAAGGUAACGAAUAAAGCUUGGAGUGAAUUUACAAAAUCAAUCGUCUUUCUGCGAAUUAUUACAAUUAGUGCGAAAAUAGGAAUGUAAUGAGUGUUCGUAUGAUAAAAAUUCUUUGUGGCCAUCGGAGCAAAAGCAAAUGGUAUUUGCAAAACUUUGGCUACGUCGAUCACAUGAUCCAUGCGUCCCUCUUACGUCGCCAAACAGUCACAGGCAGUUCAAAAUUUUUCAUAAAAACUUUCAAACAAAGAACGCGACACUGGGAUUAUUUUAAAGUAAUCGAGCUCCAUCUUACGGGGACAAAAAAAAACUAAAAAUUGGAGGAAUCCGAAAGAGUUGACGAAAGGAUUCAAAAUAAAUAACGCCGCAACGGUGGACGUACCAUUCUGUCGGUAUAUCUUUAAAAUAUUAGUAUAAAUCCACACGUUUACAAUGCUACGUUAGUUAUUCGAAAAAGGAAUAAAAACCACAUUGGCAUAAUACUAAAAAUCACUUGUAACGUCGCGCGAGAGUAAUCGGAUUAAAAGUAAAUAAACAGAAAUAAAAAUAAAACAAAAUGAUUAUACAUUUUGUGUCGUUUUCAAAACUUGUGUAUGAAAACUCGACGUUACGAUUAAGCGCAGUAGGUUGCGGACCGAGAUUGUGACAAACAAGUCCAAGUCAUGGCUACAAAAGUAUAAGAACUCUUAAAGAGCCGAAUUGGAUGAUGAAAGGAAUGAAAAUAAUAAUUUUUGGCCCGGUUCGUCUAAUUACAGGCUAAUUAAUCGAACUUGUCGGAAAAAAUACGGUUUUUAAACAAUUUGUUACGUAAUAUCUCUGGGAUUUUGUUCAAGUCCAUGGAAAAUAAAAUUGGUGCUAGCGCAAUGCCGUACUUCUUUGGGGGCGUUUAUCAUUGAAACGCGUUAAUUUUUUUGGAACAUUUGAUUUGUUAGCGACUAAUUUUUUUUUAAACGACAAUUACGUACCUCUACGACCGUUUCGAAUAGCCGUCUACCCUUGCAAAUACCCAGAUUCUUUAAUUAUGCAGAUCGAUUCGUGACAGUAUGGCACUUGAAUUCUGAAAGUUUCAUAAUGAAGUAAAACUAUUUAUGCGCCUGCCAUACUUUCAACGAAGUUCAAAAAUCCUGCAAUACUUCAGAAACAGUUGUUUAUCAAACGUUUUCGAGGUACAAAUUCACCAAACGUAAAAUUAUUUAUCACAGUAUGGCAUUGUCGUAUUUUUUUAGCUGCAACGCUAGUGUACCUAAAAAAAUGUCCCAUACUUUAACCAUAGGUCCAAGAACUAUCAGACUCGAGCUACAAUGUAGAAAAAAUAAAAAUUAAACGAUUUGUUACACA